AUGUCAUGUGAGUUGCUCUGUUUACUCUUCAUCGUGUUCACAUUGAUUUAUGAACCAAAAUAUUGCCCAUCGCCGCCCACAUGGCACUUAACAACGACAUCUAAAGUUCGCACUCAAAUAAUUUUGAAAUUGUUGGGAAAAUGUUUGCAUGAUGUUAGAGUUGGUUGGAUAAGAAAUUAG